AGCGACAGCCACCCACGACCUCCAGGAUGAAGUGUUUGCUGCUGGUUCUUGUCCUUGGAGUGGCUGGUGCUCUCGGGCAGGGAGAUCUAAUUACAGAAGGAGCAUGGAAUACUUAUUAUAUGGCUGCCACUGAUGGUUCCUUGAUCCGAGAAAAUGGUCCCAUGCGAAUUUACAUGAGGCAGAUAGACUGCGGUGAGACAUGUGCUACUCUGACAUUUGUAUUUUACGUGAGGGAAAACGGGGUAUGCAGUAAGCGGAGUGUAGUGGCAACGGAGAUAGAAAAUGGUCGCUAUGUGGUUGAAUUCAAAGGAAAGAAUUAUUUCCUAAUUAAUCGUGUGUCCGAAUUCGAAAUUCUAAUUUCUGAUGACCAUAGAAAUACCGGCCAGCAAUCCAUUGUCUUGGGACUUGUAGGAAGAGCACCUGAAGUUACCGAGGAAGGCAAACUAGCACUGACAAGGGUAGCUGAGCAGAGUGGCAUUCCCAGCGAGAAUAUAGUAUAUAUCGCUGACACAGAUACCUGCCCUCCUGUAUGAACAUCAGCUUGAGGAUCAUACUGCACAAUGUACCCAAGAGUUGUCAGCAUCUACAAUUUGCAUUGGAAU